AUGGCCGACGAUACCCGGGAAGAGCAACAGGCGCCUCCAGAUGAUCAGGCGCAGCCUGUGCGCCGUCCCAGACGACGACACGACAUCCCCAAAUCCCAGGCCCAGAAGAUGUGGGAUGCGCUCGGCAACCCGGCAGAUCCUGCGAAUGAAAUGCCUGGAGGUACCUACAAUUCAGCGGGUGGCAGACCAGCCGAGGUCUCUUGGAGGGACGCAUUCAAAUUCUCAUAUCAGGGGAAAGGCCCAGCCUGGUAUCAGACGCCCUGUGCGAGAGAUUCCUUGCUGGUUGGCAUCGCUGCUGGUGGCGGAGUCGGAGGCUUGCGAUUCAUUCUAAAAGGACUUUCGUCUAUGUUGGUGACGACCAACUGGGCCGUUGGUGGAUUUGUGCUCACAGCUAGUGGCAUGUACGCCUGGUGCGAGCGAAGACGAAGAGAAGAGCAGCGGGGUAUCGCUCAAGCCGUUAUCGGAAUGAAAAUGCUACAAGAGAAGAAAGCCCGAGAGAGGGCCGCCGCAGAAGCAAGGGCAAAAGAGGAGGAGGAAGCGUUGAAAAAGAAGAACCAGAGGUGGUACAAGUUCUGGUGA